GCGAGUAGCAAUGAGUGUUACAGAGGAAGGAAAGGAAGCUGGCAGGAGUAGCGGAGAUGUCAAAAGUUCUUUCAAAGUUACUUAUCGAGCAGAGUGAGGAUUUAAAUCUAUCUGAGAUUCCGUAUCCACAGUAGCGACGCUGCUCGACGCCUUGGGCAGUAUUAUUCGUUCGUUUAUCAGACUAUUCAUAAUGAUGAUCUGAAUCGUUUUGGCUGCCAUUGUGCGCGAUUUGGCUCAGCAGGUGCUAAACAGGCGCGGAGUGGAGGCUGGGCUUGAUCGGAGAAGAGGAGCUUCUCCAAGGAUGAGCGCGACAGUGGCUGUGCCCCCCGUGGGGCCCUCCAAUGGCAUCCAACGCGGUGGAGGGGAUGGACAUUCCAGUCUGUCCCGUCAGGCGUCCGGAGCCCAUAUGCCAUCAUCGCACGGAUCGGGAAAAUCGCUCAAUUGUCGCGUGGAAUUUUUGGAUGAUUCCCAUAUUAUUUUUAAAAAUUCUCCGAAAGCCCGAGGAUCGGAACUCUUCACCCAAGUGUGUGAACAUUUAGCACUUUUGGAGAAUGAUUAUUUUGGUUUGGAAUACACUGACAGUACGGGCAAUAAGUACUGGUUGGACCUGGAACGGCCCAUUGGACGGCAGUUGGGAUUGGCGGUAUCAUCCAGUAACACGAUAAAUCUGCAUUUUUGUGUGAAAUUUUACACACCCGAUCCCGUACAACUGGAAGAAGAAAUUACGAGAUAUUUAUUUGUAUUGCAAAUUAGAAAAGAUUUAGCCAACGGACUCAUGCCUUGCCAAGACACCACCGCCGCCUUGUUGGCUGCUUAUGUUGUACAGGCUGAGGAGGGUGAUUAUUCACCGGAUAAUUAUCGGGAUUACACAUAUUUGCUCAAGUACCGGUUUCUUCCUCAGCAGGAUGUUAUGUUUCUCAGCCAAGUGCGCGAUAGCCAUCUGCAACUCGUUGGUCAGUCGCCGGCGGAAGCGGAUUUGAAUUUCCUGGAAACUGCCCGACGAUGUGAGAUGUAUGGCAUGCGCCUACAUGCCGCCAAUGACCAUGAAGGCGUCGCCCUGAAUCUGGCUGUAGCACACAUGGGCAUAGUUGUCUUCCAGAAUCUUGCGAAAAUCAAUACCUUUUCAUGGGCCAAAAUUCGCAAGCUGAGCUUUAAGAGGAAACGCUUCCUUAUCAAACUGCAUCCAGAAGGAUUUGGUUACUAUAAAGAUACUGUGGAAUUUUAUUUUGAUUCGCGAAAUUCUUGCAAGAAUUUCUGGAAGAAAUGCAUUGAACACCAUGGAUUUUUUCGAUGCCCUAUGGUGGCAUCGCUGCCUCGUUCCAAAACGAGAAUCUUUCCUUCGGGUUCGUCUUUCAGAUUUUCUGGCCGCACGCAGAAGCAAGUCUUGGAAUUUGCUCGUGAUAAUUACGGCAAGCGGCCCAGUUUCCAACGCGCCAGUGGGGCUUCCCGGAUCCGCUCGUCUCAGAGUUGUGGAGCUUCACUGGCGGCGACCCCGCUCUUACCGAUGGCAAGAACGCGGGACAGUCGGUACAAUACCACGGGUGGUACACGCAGUCGCAAAAUGCAACAAGGCGAGAAUGGAGUGUUGGCACGCUCACGAAGUGAACCCAUGGAGGUGACAGAGGCAACUAAUCCGGAUAAGAGCAGUGAUAGUGGCAGUCGCACUCUGGAACGCACACAGCGAGUGGAUAGUGCGCAUGAACAGGUGCCACUGUCUUCCCGCGAACACCUUCCUGACGACUACACUAGUCAUACAACGAUUAUGCGGACGGAACGCUAUGACGACUACCGUCCCAACGGACAUGUCCAGGAGGUCGCCGUCACGAUGGAAGACGUCAUCAGGAAUAUCCCGAGCCGCACACCACGAUCGACAUUGGAGCGUAAGAGUGAAAUCUCCCUAUCGGCUCGCCUACUAAAUGGCACCACGCCAGCCCCAUCCGCUGGUCACGAACUGGAGGAAUUAGCACGCAAAAUUAACGGCUGGAAACUGCAGUCGGCAGCCGCUGCCAGCGCUAACCAGGAGUCUUUUUUGGCAUCAUUUGAGAGUAAAUCGUUUGGUGAAUCGUUGCGGACAUUAGCCGAUGACAGUAUGGAUGGGCGGAAGAGGCGCCAUCCGUCCGAUCUCGGCUACUUCAUUGCUAAGGAAAUUCUUAAUGGGGAAAGGACGUAUAAGAAGGACCUUGAAGUUCUUUGCGUGCAUUUAAAAAACGAGUUGAGCCGGUCUGAGGAGAUUCCCAGUGGACUACUGCACAAUGUCUUCAGUCUGCUGCAACCUAUCUGGGAGAGUCAAGGGACACUACUAGUUGAUAUCGAACAUCGAUUAUCAUCCUGGGACAAUCGGGUCGGCAGCGCGGCCUCCUCGCAUCGCAGUGAUUGCAAUCACAUCGGUGACCUUUUGCUCAGACAAAACCAAGCCCUGGACCAAUAUUGCGCAUUUCUCCUCAAAGUGCCUGAUUUUCUGCAAGAGUUCGACGUGGCCUUGAAGAAGAAUAAAGCUUUUGAACAGUUGUACCGGCGUGUUGAAGGAGAGAAAUACUGCUACCUGCCAUUAACGGCCUUCCUGCUCAAACCGGCGCAGCGGCUGCUCAGCUAUCAGAAUGCUCUUGAACGUCUGCUGAAUCAUUACCCGGCCUAUCAUUCGGAUGUGGGCGACUGCGAAGCGGCCCUCCAGAAUCUCCGACGUGCCAGCAGUACGGUGCACGACGCGGUCCGGCAUGCUGAACACUAUACCAAGCUGGCGGAACUGCAGCGCGAUCUAAUGGGAAUUGAUAAUCUGGCUGUACCGGGACGGGAAUUUGUCCGCGAAGGAUGUCUGCAGAAAUUAUCCAAGAAAGGUUACCAGCAGCGUAUGUUUAUUCUGUUGACCGAUUUGUUGUUAUACGCCAAUCGCACAGCCAACCCCGUUGCCCCGUUUAAAAUCCACGGACAGAUCGGUAUCCGUGGUAUGAUGGUGGAGGAUUGUGAGGCUAAAAUGGGCAUGGAGCAUUGUUUUACCAUCUACGGCGGAAACCGAGCAUUGGUGAUAGCUGCUAAUUCAUCCGAAGAAAAAUUAUGCUGGCUGCAUGAUCUACACACUGCUAUUGAGCAGUCCAAGCGCUUAGCCUACGACAAACUAAUUCAUUACGGUAGUCUGAAGUCAUACAGCUCUUCCGAUGAGAUCUUGGAUAAGCUGGAAUCAACACCUCUCUCCCCAGCGGCGCAUGCUGGAGUGGAUGGGAAAGCGUCAGUUGAGCGCAGCACACUGUCCAGCCGGACUAAUACGACACUGCAUGUGUGUUGGCACCGCAAUAUGACCAUUGGUGUUCGUGAUCUCUCCAGGGCCUUCCAAUUGCAGAUGAGUGGAUAUUUACUGCGGAAAUUCAAAAGCAGUGAUGGAUGGCAGAAACUCUGGGUUGUGUUUACGAAUUUCUCCAUGUUUUUCUUCAAGAACAAUCUUGAGGAAUGCCCGCUUGCUAGUCUUCCCCUGAUUGGAUACCGUGUAUCGCCGCCUUCCUCUGAGGACCAAAUUCAUAAAGACCACGUAUUCAAACUGCACUUCCGCAAUCACGUGUAUUUCUUUCGAACGGAAAGUGAAUACAGUUAUUCAAGAUGGAUGGAAAUUAUCGGCAGUGCUACAGAAACCGAACUGCUCAGCGAUUCGCCGGACAAUAACGGCUUAGGCAUGCAUGUUUAGAUUUUAAGGUUUGAUUUUUUACUGGUUUUUUGGGUCUGAUAUGAGCGGGUAUGUUUUGUAUUCUGCGGCUGAGUGAAAUGGGUCUGAUGUCAUUUUUGGUGUACAAAGGUCACCAUGUGGCAGCUGUUGCUCGAAGAAUGUGAAGGGGGCAAAUUUUUGUAUUAAAAUUAA